AACGUGUUGAAAUAUUAUGUACGACGUGAUUUUUUUCCCUUCAGAAAUUAUAUUAGACACGCAACUAUUGUAGUAUUAUUGUACAAUCAUUACACAGAAUUUGGAGUAACGUUACCAUCCCCGGUUUGAUAGUAAACCUGUGACGUAAUUAAGAUGCGACCUGAACCGUCUUCGCUGCUGUAGAAGAGCUGUUUGAUUUAAUGAACGUGUUGAAAGAUUAUGUGUGACGUGAUUAUGUAUUAUUAUUAUUAUUACCUUCUCAAGAGAUAAAUUGAAAACACUCUCGUGCUGAUGCGACACCGAACAAGUUACUCUUUCAUUCGCUAGCGGUGUUAAAAAUGAUGGAGGAUUUCUCAGGCCUUGCUUUGCCUCCUCUCUUCGGUGGUCACAUCCUGGAGGCUGAGCUGGAGGCUGCGGGGGUCGAGCUCUCGUCAGGAGCCACAGAGAUCUUGGAGAGUGGAGGACCCCCUCAGGAGGUACAGAAGGACACAAGAGACGUUGAUAAGAAGAAAUAUCAGGCUCUGAGCAAAAGGGUUAAGGAGCUCGAACAAGUGAACGAGAGGACCCUUGCACGCCUUCACCACGUCCAGAGACUCACACGCAGAUUGAAGAAAGAGAGAAGGUUCCUCAUGAAGACCCUGGAUGCAUAUGGAGACGAUUACAGGAAGGCUGAACUCACGAUACCUCUAGAGGAUGAGGGCGGAGCCAAUAUGGACGGCACCCCUGGAGGAGAUGACGGCGGCUCUUCCCCAUCCGUCACCAACCAGUCAGCAUGCGGAGUGAAGAGAAAGCGGCACCGAGUUCCGAAGGAGAAAGAGAGAGACGCUCAGGCCGAGUCAGAGCUGUGUGUGAUGUCCGAGACUCCGUUCACGGCGUUCCCGAGCCCAAACUCCCUCUCGCACUGAGCUCCACCUCUCCUGAAGAUAACGUGUGUACAUGCUAAAAUGUAGUUUAGAGCGCCGAGGCUGAUUUGCUCCAGGUACAGGAACCUCACAGGCACCAGUUUAGGGCUGUUUAACCCAAAUGUCCAAAUCAUGACACUUUGUCUUGUGCUGUCUGUUAAAACGGAUGUCUCAGAGUUGUAGAGGGCGUGGCCUGAAGAGAUUAUUUGGAUGAAAACAUUAACAAUUAGGUAAAAAAAAUUUUAAAAGUGUCUUUUUUUGAGCCGAAUGAAGUCUCUGAUUCAGACAUGCAGUUUGUGUUAAGAUGCUAAACCGGUAGCUACAAGAGUCCUUUAUUUGUUAGCUUUAUAUAGCCUUGAGAAUUGUGUACAUUUAUAUUUUGGCUGAAUUCCUUUUAAAUGUAAAGCUAUUUAUUAUUCUGAAAGUGAACAUCUCGUUAAAAGUGAUUGUGUUACAGUGAAUCGUUUUCACACUGAGCCUCAUUUUGUAAUUUUUUUUUAAUAAACAGAUGUAAAUAUUAUUUGUAA